AUGGAAGAAGUUGGACAGAACCCACUGGCUGAUGUGCACAAGAUGGUGGAAAUAUCAACAUUAGAAGUCACAAAACAGAACCUUGACUACCUGAACUCAGACCUUGAAAAGGACCUGCAGAGACUGGAUGAAGCAAAUCAGGCUCCUCUUGGAAAAAUUGAAGAGAAAGAAGAAAACAUUCAAAGUCUGGAAAGAGAGAUCCAGGAAAAGCUGGACCAUGUCAUAUCUGAGAUGGUGAAAGCUCUGAGGGACGUGGAAGUAGAAAGAGCAAAGCUGGAGAAAAGUAAUAAGAUCCUAAAUAGAUAUGUGGUGGAGCUUCAGAAAAAGAUUUCAAGAAGAUUUAAGAAUAUCGGCCUUAAUAAAGGAACCCUAAGGCAGAAGUUGGCAGAAAUGAAGGUGAGACUGCAGAAGUCAACAGAGUCCUGUGCAAAGCAAGAGAAGGAGCUGGUCAAGACAGAGAGUGACUACCAAUCUUUGUACCAGCUCUGUGAGGACCAGGCCCACUGCAUAAAGAAAUAUCAGGAAAUUCUGAGGCAGAUGGAAAAGGAAAAGGAGGUGCUUCUUCUUGAAAAAGAAACAUCCAAAGCCCAGAAUAACUCCUCCCAAGUAGUGAAACCUGGUUCAAUUCUAGUGGAGACCAUUCAAAGUGACAUGGAGAAGACCAUCAUUAAGAAGCAGAAGAGAAUCUUUUGGUAUAGGCAUUUCCAGUGUCUUGUCUUCGUGGCCAUGAUCUUCACAGGGCUGCUGGGUUAUGUGUUUUUCCACCUUCAGUACAUAAACCCAGAUCUCCUUGUGGAUGCCCUGCCCGUGAUUAUGAGCAGGAGCACCUUGAAGAGGCUGAAGGAUGUCUUAUUUCCUCUCCUCAAUCUAGAGGUAGAAGAAUUCCUACCACACUAG